ACCUCCCCGCCCGCCCACACAAGUGACCAGAGGCCAACAGAAGAGGAGUGGAAUCAUUCAUUCAUUCAUUCAUCCAUGGCUCCCCUCUUCGCCUCCUGCCACGCCUCCCACGCGUCGCUCCUACUCCUCUCCCCCAACCCCGCCGCCGCCGCGCGUCUCCGCGUCGGUGGCCUCCGAGUCAGGCGGCCCCGCCGCCUCCGCCUCCCCGUACGCACAGCCGCGGGAGGCAGCCCACUCGACGCCGAGAUCCCCGACCCCACAGUCGACGACGACGAGUGGGGCCGCGAGCCGCCCGCUUCCGCGUCGGGUAACUCGCGCCCCGGCGUCACCGACGAGUGGGGCGAGCCGGGGGUGCCCGAGCCCGAGCAGCCCUCCGGCGCUGACACCCCUACCAACGACGACGAGUGGGGCGGGGAGACCACGCCGACGCCGCCCAAGGCGAAGGAGCCUCCUCUCUUUUUUGCCGAUAAGGCGGAGGAGGAUCCGGUUACGAAGGAGGACGAGGGAAGGGAGGAGCUGAAGCGGUGCUUGGUAGACACGGUGUACGGCUCCGGCCUGGGCCUCAAGGCGUCCUCGGAGGUCAGGGGGGAGGUCGUGGAGCUCGUGGCCCAGCUCGAGGCAGCCAACCCUACGUCCGCGCCCGUCCAGGCGUCAGAGCUCGACGGAAACUGGAUCCUCUUGUAUACGGCAUAUUCUGAGCUUCUACCGAUUCUGCUUGCCGGGGCAACACCAUUCGCCAGAGUUGAUAAGAUAUCCCAAGAAAUCGACUCGAGAAGCAUGACGAUAAUUAAUGCUUCAACUAUUUCGACUCCAUUUGCUUCGUUUUCAUUCAGUGCAACUGCUUCUUUUGAAGUACAAACUCCAUCAAGGAUAGAGGUACAAUUCAAAGAGGGGAGCUUUCAGCCUCCAGAGAUAUCGUCUUCAGUAAAUCUACCUGAACAGAUCGCCAUAUUCGGGCAGAAGAUCAGCCUGGGGCCUGUUAAGCAGCUGCUGGAGCCUUUGCAGCGAGCAUUUGCUAGCAUUGCAGGGUCCAUCUCUGGGCAGCCACCUUUAAAGGUACCGAUUCCCGGCGACAACAAGGCCAAGUCGUGGCUUUUGACAACCUACCUCGACAAAGACUUGAGGAUAUCAAAAGGUGAUGGGGGUGGCGUGUUUAUUCUUGCCAAAGAGGGGAGCCCUUUACUAGAUUAACUGUACAUGUGUAAUAGGUGUCAUUAUUCAUAUGUGCAAGGUUGAAAACCACGCUACAAGCAUUCUUCUCCCCCUUUGAUACACAAUUUUCUGGUGGUUUUCUAGAGUCUGACAGAACCAACUAAAUGUUGUCAGUAUGGAGUCUCCAUACGCUUUCUGCUCUUUGGUAACUAUAAGUGACAUUUUGUGUUAUCAAAGAAGGAAUGUGCAUGUUACGUUGU